AUAUGUGUAUCAUAUGAAAAAGAGAGUAGGGGAAAAGGAACGAAGUAGAGAAAAACAUGGAGAGAGAGAGAGAGAGAUAGAGAUAGAGAGAGAGAGAGAGAGAGAGAGAGAGAGAGAGAGAGAGAGAGAGAGAGAGAGAGAGAGAGAGAGAGAGAGAGAGAGAGAAGAGACCUACAAUAAAAGACUUCUUGAUAUUUUUAUACAGAUGAUAUAGAAAGACAAAUAAACAAGGGAAGCGCAA